UCAAAAGCAAACAACAGGAUGGACACGAGAGAAAUCAGAUGGGGGAAAGAUCUUGCACUGGAAAUUAUGGGCUGGGACAGGGAGGCCGCAUUUAUUAUAAGGGAUAAAUCUUUUCGUCUUUGUAUUGAAGGAAGAGCUGCAAUAACAGUUGAAUUAUGCGAAAUGAAGAAAGUGCAUCUUCAAGAUUUACCAAAUCUAAGAAGCUUUUCCUCAGGAGAAACUCUUAAAUGGUCAUCCUUAGACAAUGUGGUUUUGAAGGACUGUCCCAAAGUCAAGAAGUUUGGUUUGGGAAUGAUAAAAGAAUCAGAGUUAAAAUCGAUUCUAAUAACAGAAAAUGAAGAGCAAAGUGACCCUCAGACCAAGCUUCCAUAUCUUUUUGAAUUAUUGGAUGACAAACUCUCACUCAUUACUGAUUACACUGUAUCUAACAAUGAAGAGUUAUAUGAGAUACUCAAUAAUCUUCAAAGUUCCCAUUUCACCAACCUUCAAAUUCUUCGGGUAAAUAACUAUAGAGGAGAUAUGUUGGACCAUUUUCUUAUUAUGUUAUGGAUCAGGUCACACAAACUCCAAGUUAUCAACAUUCAAGACUGCUCACUAUUUUGUUUUUGUUCUAAUAGACAGAGGGUUGAAGGUGGCAAAAUUUUCACACAGCUAAAGGAAUUAAAAUUAAUAAAAGUCCAAUUAAGGCAUAUUUGGUCGAAUGAUGAUCCAGAAUUUCUUGACCUUGGAAACCUACAAAUUUUACACAUAAUAGAUGUUUCCUUUCUCAGACAUAUAUUUUAUCGGUAUCCAACGGAAAAGCUUCACCAACUUAAGGAAUUAAUUAUAGAAAAAUGUGAAGCCUUAUAUACUGUUUUUAUGGAUGAUCAUUUUACUAGAGGUGGUCCAAGAACUAACUUUCUAUCACUGAGCAAAUUGGAGUUUAAGUCUCUCCCAAGGUUGACACAAAUCUACAGUGGUCAUUUAGAAUUCCCAAGUCUCAAAUAUUUGGUGAUAGAAACAUGUCCAUUAUUGACAAAAUUCACGACAGGAUUUGCAGAUUCACAUGAAAUGUUUACAACUGAUGGGGAGUCCUUUUUUGAAUUGAAUGAGAUUGUGUUUGACAGUUAUGACAACAUGGUUUGUGUCAUCUCCUCUAAGACAUUACAAGAGUUGAUGAACUUGGAGAAACUCUUUGUGAGUCAUUGUAAGGAAUUAAAAAUCAUAUUCAACAUUCAUCAAGAAAUACCUUCUUCCACACAGCUUCUACAACAAUUAUCUGAACUAGCUUUGAUUCAUCUUCCAAAAUUAACUUGCAUUGUCAACAAACAAAUUUCCAAGAUUUAUCAAAAUCUGAAAAUUCUACGAGUGAAGCAAUGUAAGUCUCUUCAUUUGUUACAAGUGCCAUUAAAACUAACAAAUCUGGAAAUAUCUGAUUGUGAGGCAUUAGAGAAUAUUAUUUUGAUUAAAGAAGAAGAAGAAGAAAGGAGAGAGAAACUCUCAUUUCAUGUAUUGAAGGAUAUUUCUCUUGAAAAUCUAUCAAAGCUCUUUGUUGUCUUUCCUUCUACAUCUGAAUUUCCAUCCUUACAAACACUAAAAAUAGCAAAUUGUUCUGCUUUGAGAUCGUUUGUUGAAGAUCCCAAAUCUCUUACAGAAUCAUCUACAACAAAUUAUUUCUUCCCAAGUUCAGUUCUUGACCUUAAGUCACCUAUUCGACAAUCAGGAAGUGUCUAUGUGAUCCUGGUGAUAAGGGCAACCUCUUUAAUCAAUCAAUUUGUUGAAUCGAGCAAUAACUUGUAGGUUUUCUAGAAGUUCCUUGUACCGCAAGUGAUCGACAAAGCGUUUAAAGGUGUUAAAGUUGUGUAUCGUCAGUGUAAGGUAGUUGAUGAUCUGUGAAAAAAAAAGUUGAAAUGUCAUUAUCAAGGAAUUGAUUAAGUGUAUCUCAUCCUUUGUAAU